UUCCGAUAUAGUCCGUUUAGUGAAGAACCUGGAUUAACCACAUGUGCGAUAGGAGAUGGUGGGAAUGAUGUUUCUAUGAUUCAAGAAGCUGAUGUUGGUUUAGGGAUAGAAGGGAAAGAGGGCAAACAAGCUUCCAUGGCAGCUGAUUUUUCCAUUCAGAAGUUUUCUGACAUGUUAAAAUUACUUUUGUGGCAUGGGAGGAACAGUUAUAUACGAACAUCAGAUCUUGCCCUCUUCAUUAUGCACAGAGGAAUGAUCAUCUCUAUCAUGCAGGCUGUCUUUUCUAUGGUGUUUUACUUCACGCCAAUCACUUUAUUUACUGGCAUCUUGUUAGUUGGGUACUCUACUUUUUAUACUAUGGCGCCGGUCUUUUCGUUAGUCUUAGACGAGCGAAUUAGUUUAAAAGAUGUGAUGAAGUUCCCUGUGUUAUAUGUCGAGAUGCAAAAAGGGAGAAAUCUCAAUUUCACGACGUUUUUUGCGUGGAUGUUUGUGUCGAUAUUACAAGGGUCUGUGAUUAUGAUACUUUCAAUGGUACUCUUUGAAACUAAUUUUGUGCGAAUCGUCUCGAUUUCAUUCACCGUGUUGAUCUUAAUAGAAUUGUUAAAUAUCGGAUUUACUAUUAGAAGGUGGAAUUGGAUCAUCUUUGCUUCGGAGACGUCCUCCGUUGGAAUGUACUUUGCGUCCGUCUUAAUUUUACGACAGACGUUCGAGCCAGCAUUCAUCUUCUCAUUUGCGUUUUGGUGGAAGGUCGGAGUAAUCACACUGGUAAAUGCUCUGCCGUUCAUUCUUAAGUUCAUUUAUGAGUUACUGAACCCCCCGAAAUAUAUGAUUGUGGGGAAAAGAAAGUUCCCAAUCAGCUUUAACUGCUGGUGCCCAAGCUGCGCGUGCGGGAGGAAGUGCAAAAAGUGUAAAAAAGAUAAUUACGAGUACGUCAAUAUGUCCGAAGGAAGCGAAAGUAAAGAAAAUAACGCUGAAAAUGGAGAUAAAAAGAAUUUAAAAAGCGAUGAUGAGAGCGUGUCGAUGAAGGAAAAUGUGCCUGAAAUUAAUAAGGAAAAUAUGUUGAUUCUCAAUUGA